CAAAUCAAUCAAAGUUCAUAAUGGCUGCAUCUACGAAAUUUGUUCUAGUUUUUCAAUUGGCUUUGGCUUUUUGUCUGGCCGAAGUCCUGGCCAAAUAUCCCAGUCGUCAGGAAGCGGAGGAGAACAUGUCUAGGUUCAUGAGGGUACUUCGGCAGGAGCAGUUUAGUGCCGGCUCGCCGCGUUUCAAUGAUGUUCUGGGCAACGCCAGGACCGAAAUCCAAUACCAGGAAAGGGGAUUCAUUGGAGUGCGCAGCAUUUUCCAGUGGAUGACCAGCCCGAAUCAGCGCAACGAUGGCGUAUAUAAUUUCCUGCAGUUCUACACCGCCGAAUCGAGUGGAUAUAUAGGUUUGCAAAACUACGAAAAGAGCUCCAAAUACACGGUUCUUUUUUCCGUUUGGGAUGCAACAUCUGCGAGACCGGGUGACAAUUUCGAGUGCAGUACCUUCGGAGGCGAGGGCAUCGGGUAUAAGUGCUUUAAUGGCACUUUCCCGCUGAUCAGCAAUGCCAUAUACUUCCUGGAUGUGCAAAUCGAGGGUUCUACCUUUAAGGGAUAUAUAUCAGAGCCCCAGGAGAAUCUGGACAGUGUGACCAGCAAUGAGGUGACCCGCCAUUUGAUUGGCGAGAUCACCACUCCACAUGAGCAACUGACUAACCUCAUACCCUUUGGCUACUAUAAUGAGAACUAUCGGGAUAAGGACACCUGCAGGGAGGCCUUCGAACUCGUCACCGUCAACCAGGCUCCCCAUCAAUAUACAAAACAUGGCCAUGCCAACACUAAAUUCACCGAUGCCUACCUCUACAAUUCGGAGUGUGAAUCGGAAAAUAUUUUGGUCGCUCUCACGGCGGACAAGAAGACCAGCAUCUAUUUCACCAGGCCUACUGCCUUGGAUCUAUACAAUUAAAUUAGUUUUACUUAUCCAUUGAUAAGGUACUUACAAGAGUUAAGUCAUUGACAGUACUCAUUUGUUUUUAUUGAUUACGUUCUCAUCCUAUUAUAUUUUUGUUUUUUUUUCGUUAUAUUUAUACAUUUAUGUUAAGCAAGAAAAUGAUUUAACAUAUAUCACAAAUUCUAAUAAAAAUAUAUUUAUUAAAUACCGCACCUUUUAUAUUUUAACCUUUAAACACACACAAAUAUUAAUCAAGGCUUUUUCACAAAGCCUUUCUCUAUGCAAAUACUAGUCUAUUAAUAAAACAAAGUUUAGCCCUUGAAAAAA